CAAAGUCAUGCACCUACAAAUGUUUUUAGUCCUUUAUUUUUCAUUGACAGUGCACACAGAACAAGUAUCUGAAAUUGAGUAUGACACUUACGAAGAAGAAGAAACUACAACUCGAAAAGCUUUACCGCCUAGCAGACGGACAAGGAAACCUCAACGUAACCAAGUGUAUUCCAUAGAAAAGUUUCUCAACACUUGCGAUCCAAUAUGGGUAUACAACAGCACUGAAAAAGCCAAUAUUACGUGCCGUGUUGAUGUUAUGGAAGACGUGAACUUUUUCUAUGCAAACAUUACACGCUAUACGUUGUCUAACGGUGAGGUCAAUGCUGUUUCAGCAAAAGCUCAGUUCUCUUACCAUCCAAACCUUGCGACUACCUCUGAUGACUACAAUGAAAUGAAACUGGAAAUUCCAGGACACUACAAUCCCUUUGAAACCUUAAUCUAUAUGAGUGACGACUCGUCAUGUGGAGUGUUUUACGUAAAUUAUCAUUCUGAAAUGCACUUACUUCUGGAAACAUGGUUCGAACUGAGGAUAAGAAAUUCUUCAUUAGCCAAGGGACCUCAGUCUACGUGCUCAAAACUUUACCAGGAGUAUUCUAGCAGUCAAAAUAUCACGUAUACGUACACACCUGCAUGUCAGUGCUUAUCCGGUUACAUAAAUACUUCGCAAGAGGUACCGAAUCAUCAAAACUCAUCAGGAGAAAGUGGCAUUUUGAUAAGCAGGGAUACUGAAUAAACCCUGGAGAAUGAAACCUGAUACCUGCGUAAGCUCAAGAAAUAAAUGAUGUGUUUGGAAACACUGUCA